AUGAGUUCGGAGGAAGAGAAGGUCGUUGUUCCCAGAAACUUUAGAUUAUUGGAAGAGCUUGAAAGAGGUGAGAAAGGGAUCGGAGACGGGACAGUGAGCUAUGGAAUGGAUGAUGCCGAUGAUAUUCUGAUGCAAUCUUGGACUGGAACCAUCAUCGGACCUCAUAAUACUGCGUAUGAAGGGAAGAUCUUUCAGCUGAAGCUAUUCUGUGGCAAGAAUUAUCCAGAGAGUCCACCUACUGUGAGGUUCCAGAGCCGGAUCAACAUGGCUUGCGUCAAUCCUGAAAAUGGAGUGGUUGAACCGAGUCACUUCCCGAUGCUCUCGAGCUGGAGAAGAGAAUACACAAUGGAGGAUUUGCUGAUUCAGCUCAAAAAGGAAAUGAUGUCACCGCAGAACCGGAAGUUAGCUCAACCCGUGGAAGGUAAUGAGGAAGGAGGAAGAACAGACCCGAAGGGACUAGUGGUGAAAUGUUGUGUGAUGUGA